AUGCAAGGUGUUAGGUCACCAGGAAGCCACCUCGGACUGGGACAUCCCUUCGGAGUUCUGCCAUAUUCGCCUGCUCUCCUCCCUCCCAGCUACCACCACUAUGGCAGCAACAUCAGUGGAAGCUCUGGUAGGGUGGACGAAGACUCAUGUCUUAGCCGGCUGCAUCAGCUGCCUCCCCGGCUGUAUCCUGUACAUGCGCAGUCGCGUUCUCCAAGUCACCAACUUCCUUCCGGUGGUGGAUUUCUACCAGGGUCAGGGUUUCUCAUGUCACAGCUCAAAUACAGCGCCAUGCUCAGCGAGCUGCAGCGACACCGUGAGCACAUACAGAAACCUCCCUAUUCCUACAUCGCGCUCAUCAGUAUGGCAAUCAAAGCGUCCCCGGGACGGCGGGCCACCCUAAAUGACAUCUACAACUUCAUCAUGGAACGGUUUCCUUACUACCUGGACAAUAAGCAAGGCUGGCAGAACUCUAUCCGUCACAACUUGAGUCUCAAUCAGUGUUUCAUUAAAGUGCCCAGAGAUAAGGGAACUCCAGGAAAGGGCAACUAUUGGACCAUGGAUCCCAACUGUGACGAACUCUUCGAAGAAGGAAAUUACCGAAGACGCAAGAGACGGGUCAAAGUUCAGCAGCACAGAGCACUUACAGACUCGCCAUCGUGUGGAGAUCUUGCUGACAACAGCAUCGAGAGCUGUAACGACGAGGGAGGUGAUGGGAAACUCGAGAACAUCGACUUCCAUGACAACCAUAGCAGCGAAAGCCACGAGUUUUUGGACAUUGUAGGCAGCAAAAUGAGUGACCACAGCGAUGCCUGUAUUUAUAAUAUAGCUAAUCGUCCUUUGAAUAGGCAGGCCAAAGGGGAAAUGUGCAAUAAUGAAAAUGGCGUCGUUCUACAGCCUAAUGGUGGCAGUGCUAAUUGUGAUGAUGGAAAGUACAACAAAAAUAACAACAUUACCAACCCAAUCAAUGGAACUUUCUUUGGUAACAAGAACAGUCUUGGUGAUUCACCUUCUGAAUCCCAACAUAAGGGCAGAUAUAAUCAAGAUAUGGCCCAACGCCGACGGUCGACAUCGGAUGCCACAUCUGUGUCCAGAAUUACUCCCACCCGCCCAAGUGAUAGUGAUUGCCAAGCCGUUUUAGAUAACAAACUUGAGGUGAUAAACAAUGUUGAUCAAGCUAAAGAGGAAGUUAAUUCUCGUUGUAACAAAAACAAUGAUAGAGGAGUAGUUUUUGAAGGUAAAGCCAGUUUGAGUGGCUCUUGUAAGGGACAUCGAUUUAAAAGCACUUCACAUAGUGAAGAAUUACCUCAAACUUGCCAUAACCAAGAUAUGCCGUUGCAUGAAUCUGUACAGAAAACGAUCAAUAAACGAUGUAAUAGUUGCUGCAACACACAAGAAAAAUGGCAUACCCAUACAGUAGUAGACCAUCCAAUGAAAGCAGUUUUCUGUGACCAAGAUAACGGCGCGCCAGAGAUUCACAGCCCAGCAUCCCAAACAGGUAAUUCCUCCCCUAAACAAAGUCCAGGGAAUGAAAGUAUCAAAGAAGGCAGCCCAACCACUAAUCGCAUCUACAAGAAGCUUCGACUCUCGUUUGGCAUUGACCGUCUUAUCGGAACUGAAGAUAGAACCGCGAACGAAACUGAAGACAAGGUCACUUCAUGUGAUAGCAACUUUAUGCAUGUUGGGGUUCACAUGAGUGCCUUAAGUAAAUGCUAUACAGAGUUUCUUCGAUCAAGUUUGCAAAUCAAUAGAACAAUCCAAGACACGAAACAUCAAGAAACACACACAGAUAGGCACAUUUCAGUUGACACUCUGGAGGAAAUCGGCGGGAAAAGAAAACGAGACGUUUUUGAAGGUAUUCCCAACGCACCGCCAAAAGUAGUCGAUCUUAAAAGUAGAAACUAUAGUAAUCUACCCUUAUCUCUUCUCCCAGGGUACAUCGGUGCAGACGAACGCUUUCCGUUUAACUCCAGCAGUAUUAUGGGGUAUCCCAGCCACCAUCUGGCGUCCGUGGAUACCAUGGCAGCUUCCAUUGAUACCAUUAUGAUGUACAGACAGCCUCUGCUAAGUACACAUCUGGAUUUUGGUACAGCGGGACAAAAUUACCCACAUCGUUUAGCGGGACUACAACAUAUGUCCCAUACUAUGGGGUUUCCUAAUGUGUUAAUGUGA